GGGCCAAUUUCCCUCCAUAAUUGACAUGAGUAUUUAUCACACUUAUUAAACAGCUUGUAAUUUCGUGGAAACUGUUAAAAUGGAGGAAUCACUUUCCCUUUCAAACAAUACUGAAAAAGCAUUUAUUAAUGGCGUUAGGUACCUUUUUACCUCCACCAAUCCAAUCCAUUGCCUUCGAUUUUCCACUAAGAAUCAAAUUCCUUCCUUAUCUCCAUUAACGGUCCCAAAAUUCACUCAAAUGAACUAAAAAUGGGUAACACUUUCAGAUCUACAUUUCAUAAAAAAACUAGUCGAAGCAGUAGUAGUGAUUGCAAUUCUUCUAGAGGAUCGACGAGUCGAGAGAUUUCUUCUUUUCCAUCUUCGUUUAAUGAGAAUUUCAGUUCAAUUCCGGCGAAGGAUUUGUCUUUCGGUUCGGGUUCUGUGAAUUCGAAGAAGGAUUCGAGUAAUUGCAGUGAAAAGGAACCGGGUUCUGUGAAUUUGAAGAAGGAUUCGAGUAAUUGCAGUAAAAAGGAAACGGAGAAGACGAUGAAGGAUAAGAAGAACAAGUAUUACUAUAUUCCGGAUAAUUUCAAAUCAGUUGAUCAGGUAACUUUAGCUCUGAGAGAAUCAGGGUUGGAGUCAUCAAAUUUGAUUAUUGGGAUUGAUUUCACGAAAAGUAACGAAUGGACAGGUAAAGUUUCGUUCAACAACAAGAGCUUGCAUGCUAUAGGCAACUCAGUCAAUCCAUAUGAGAAAGCCAUAUCUAUCAUCGGAAAGACAUUGUCUCCAUUUGAUGAAGACAAUUUAAUUCCUUGUUUUGGGUUUGGUGAUGCGACCACGCAUGAUCAAGACGUGUUUAGCUUUCAUAGUGAUCACUCUCCUUGCCAUGGCUUUGAAGAAGUCCUAGCUUGCUACAAGAAAAUAGUUCCAAAUCUGCAAUUAUCUGGGCCAACAUCUUACGGGCCAGUAGUAGAUGCUGCAGUAGAUAUAGUAGAGAGAUCUGGUGGACAAUACCAUGUUUUGGUUAUCAUUGCUGAUGGCCAGGUUACCAGGAGUGUCAAUACUAGUGAUUCGGAACUCAGCGAACAAGAAGAAAACACAAUUAAGUCUAUCGUUACUGCCAGCAUGUAUCCUCUCUCCAUUGUACUUGUUGGAGUUGGCGACGGACCUUGGGAAGACAUGCAAAAGUUUGAUGACCGUAUACCUGCUCGUGAGUUUGAUAAUUUUCAGUUUGUGAAUUUUACUGCUAUCAUGAAAAAAAAUACAAGUGAUUCGGGAAAAGAAGCUGCUUUUGCUCUUGCUGCACUCAUGGAGAUCCCUAUCCAAUAUAAAGCAGCUAGAGAACUUGGUCUGCUUGGAAAAAGGACAGGUAAGGCGAAGAAGGUAGUUCCAAAGCCGCCACCAGUCCCUUACAGUCGCCGUAUGGCAACCCCAACUCGACAUCAAAGCAGUUUUUCAGGAUCGCCGCAAAAUGAACAGAAUCAAGCUUGCCCAGUUUGUCUAACUGGUACUAAAGAUAUGGCUUUUGGUUGUGGACAUAUGACCUGCAGAGAAUGUGGUCCAAGAGUGUCGGAUUGUCCAAUUUGUCGUAGACGAAUAACUAGUCGUAUCCGGUUAUACACUUAAAAUAGAUACUUAAAUGACGGGUGUAUGUAAAUAUAUGUUGUAUAUUUCUCGAGUUUAACUUUGCUUUUAUGUUGAUAAUGUAAAGAAUUUCUACAUUAUCACGUUAUUUUUACUUAUCUGUAGUAAGUAGGUAACUUACCUUAAUUUUAAAAUUAUAAACUCUACGUUUGUUAGAGUGUUAUCUAUAAACAUAUCAAUUUUGUUUAUUGUUAA